AAGAGCUUUGCAGGAAUGAACUCAGUCGGAUAGUUAAUAUUUUUAGGAGAAAAAGCUCUGAUGUGCAAAGAUUUUCUUCUCAGCAGCGUUUUAGGGGGACAGGCAUCCACUUACCAAAAUGCCACAGCAAAAGGAUAUAGUGAAGAUCGCCAUUCAGAUGCCAGGGGCGUACCCGCAGCUCAUUCAGCUGGACCAAAAACAGCCCCUUACUGCUGUCAUCAAAGAAGUUUGUGAAAAGUGGAAUCUUCAGUGCCCAGAAAACCAUGCUUUUCAGUAUGCAGACGGAGGCCACACCUACAUCACUGAGUCUAAUCGAUUGGACAUUAAGAACGGCAGCAUCCUUUGGCUGACCAAAUCUCCGGGCCUCUGUGCGGAGGACCUGUUCAGGGGCAUCCAGAGCUUGGAUUCGGAUAUACGCUGCAAAGCACUGAAACAGCUGGCUGCCGUCUCCAAGGAUGUUACCUUUGCUCAGGAGUUCAUCAGUAGAGACGGACACUCCAUGCUUGUCCAGAUAGUAGAAGAUGACCAGGAGGCUCCUUUGAUAAUGACCCACACACUCACAGCCUUCAUGGAGCUGAUGGACCAUGGUAUUGUCUCCUGGGAAAACCUGUCCACUAUUUUUAUUAAAAAGAUUGCCAGUUUCGUGAACGCUCCAGUGAUGGACGCCUCCAUCCAGCAGGUGUCCCUGGAUAUCCUGGAGAGCAUGGUGCUGAGCAGCAGCAGUCUGUUCCGUCAGAUUCGAGAGGAGAUCACCCUGGAUAGACUCAUAUCCCACCUGCAGGUGUCGAACCAGCAGCUUCAGACCAAAGCCAUGGCUCUCCUCAUGGCUCUCCUGCAGACUGCCAGGGACUCUGACAGGCGGGAUCUGUUUGCCUUCCUUGAGAGGAAGAAUCUUCGCCAGUUUAUUUAUAAGAAUAUAAUCCACAGUUCAGGUCAGAUUGUAGAUGAGAUGGCUCACUACCUGUAUGUGCUACAGUCCGUGUGUCUGAAUCAUCUGGAGGCUCGCAUGAGAACACCUUUGGACUCCUUUAGCCAGGAGCAGCGGGAGGCUCUGCACAGUUUAAGGCAGGCUGUGUUUGAAACGGACAACGAGGGCAAUUUAAGUAAUGACCGCCGGCGUUCGCUCUGCGCUAAAGAGUUUAAGAAGCUUGGUUUCUCUAACAACAGUAAUCCAGGACAGGACCUGGGACGGAUUCCUCCAGGACUUCUCGCUCUCGACACCAUGACAUACUUUGCCUCCCGCUACCCUGAUGCUUACAGCAGGUUUGUUUUGGAGAACAGCAGCCGUGAGGAUAAGCACGAGUGCCCAUUUGCCCGCAGCAGUAUCCAGCUAACUCUCAUUCUGUGUGAGAUCCUGCGUAUCGGAGAACCACCUUCAGAGACAGGCUCCAACUACCACCCCAUCUUCUUCGCGCAGGAUCGGCUGCUGGAGGAACUUUUCUGUAUUUGCAUUCAGCUCCUCAACAAAACCUGGAAGGAGAUGAGAGCCACACAGGAGGACUUUGAUAAGGUGAUGCAGGUGGUACGGGAGCAGAUCACGAGGACCCUGUCGAAUAAACCCACCUCACUGGAGCUCUUCAAGAACAAAGUAAAUGCACUUAACUACAGCGAGAUCCUUAAACUGCGCCAGACCGAGAGGCUGCACCAGGAGGAGACGCUUGCACCGCCAGUACUUGAGCUAAAGGAACGUCUGAAGCCGGAGUUGCUGGAGCUGAUCAGGCAGCAGAGAUUGAACCGCCUUUGUCAUGGUACCCUGUUCCGCAAAAUCAGCAGCCGCCGGAGACAAGAUAAGUUGUGGUACUGUCGGCUCUCUCCUAAUCACAAAGUCCUGCACUAUGGUGAUGUAGCGGAUGACUCGGAUACACCCUCCAUCGAGAGUCUGCAAGAAAAGAUCCCUGUGGCAGAUAUCAAAGCUUUGCUGACUGGGAAAGACUGUCCUCACAUGAAAGAAAACAAGGGCAAGCAGACCAAGGAAAUGUUGGACCUGGCAUUCAGCAUUACGUAUGAUGUUGAGGAGUACAGCUUGAAUUUUAUUGCCUCUUCCAGAACAGAUUUCUGCUUGUGGACAGACGGGUUGAACGUUCUUCUGGGGAAGGAAAUGAGCAGUGAGUCGAUGCGCAGUGAGCUGGAGAUCCUCCUCUCCAUGGAGAUCAAACUCCGCCUUUUGGACCUGGAGAACGUCCCUAUUCCCGAUAGUGCCCCACCCGUCCCCAAACCGCCCAGCAACUUAAACUUCUGCUACGACUUCAGCCAGGCUGAGCAGUAACACCACUGGAUGAGAAAAAACUCUGCUCCUUCUACACAAUCCACACCAGUCUACUAACAGAUGGAAGGUUGAAAUGUUCUGUUCUGCAGAUUACUGGGGAAAAGACAAUUGUGCCUUAGAGAUUAAACGUGUUAAAAGCCACUAAACCUUGACUGACACUGUCGAGAACGAUGCUGCACGUCACUGCCUUUGUAGGACUAAAUUAAAAGUCAACAGAUUUCUAUACUGGAGGAAUUGCAGGGUGCACAUAAAUACCUUUUCUUUUA